GCCAGAAUAAUGCUCCAGCGCAUGAUGAAGAAUCGGCACCGCCUGCAGCAUUUUGCUGCUGCGUUGGCCGUCUCGCAGCUACACAGAAUCGUGCCAGAGGCAAGCGUGGCUAAAGCUUCUACUGCUGCGGCUGCUGCUGAUCUGCCCCGCCGCGUUGAUCAGGCCAAAAGGCUACGGGAUGUCUACCAGACACGCUUUGCAUUUCCUGAAUGGAGCGUUGAGCUGCUUGAGAGAGGCGAGUUGGAGCAGCUUUCGCACAAAGUGACAGUCUAUUUCCCACGUGGCGCUCAUCGCGGCGAUGUGGAGAGGCUGACCAAAGAGCGCGAGCCUGUCAACAUUGCCAUGCAGCGCUAUUAUGACAAGGAGAAGCUGCAGCAGUUCUUUGGCUUCACAGAAGGCUUCUAUGCUAAGAGUUCUGCUGAGAAGCUUUUGCCCAACAUCGCGAUUUAUUGCCAGACUCCAAUGCGAUCUGCAGGUGAGCAGGCAGACGUGCAUGUCAUCAAUGUGAUAGGCUACGCCUUCGAUGUGCCCGAGCAGCCAGACUUUCAGUAUUUUCUGUCAGGACGUGGCAAGGGAACAGAAGAAGAACUGGUGGCAAAAAUGAGGCAGAUGUGGAGAUACAUUUUUAUUUGUGCCAGAGACAAAGGCUUGAAGCGAGUCUUCCUGGCCAAUGUGGGGGGUGGAGCCUUCUCUGCGGAGUUGCAGAGAUACCACGACUACAACCGUCUCAAGGAGGCUUCCCUGGAGCCAGUGCUGAAAGAGUUUCAGGGCAUUGAGGUCAGGGAGCUGCCGCGGAUCCCGCACUGGGUCUUUGGCCCUGAGGGGAAAGCUGUGGUCGCUGAGAGUCUGCUGGUGAAUGCGUGGGAUCCCUGGAGCAUGGUGGGCAAUGGCAAUGCUGCUGACAACAGCCUGGAUGGUUUCUUUGGAAGGAGCACAGCCAUGGCUUUGCUCUGCUGGCCCAUCACCAAUCCAAACCUGACCUACAAAGAGGUAUGACGGUCGCUCCACGUGCCAGCAAGGCUCGCUGCGUUGUACAGACCGUUCAUCUCCCAACGGUUUCAAA